AUGUCAGAGACAGAGCUAGACAAAGGACAGAACACAAAGUCUAAUGGUCUUGGAGACAUGGUGUCCAACGAUAACACGAAAAGCCUUGCUCCUGAACCACAACAAAGUCCUGAUGAAAGUCACAAUGCUCCGCCCUCUUUGCCUGACAUACGUGAUCCUAUUAGACGAUAUGAAAAUAAUACUUCUCCGUUCUCCCCGCCUGUCCUAUAUGAUCCCACUGGACAAUAUGCAAAUGCCUAUAGUCGGCUGACCAACACUACUUCCCCUCCGCGCCAGCGCGGUCUUGCAGUUGGCGCUUUGUCUACGAAUAAGGAACAUCACAAGUUCGGGUCUGCUGGUCGCUUUGAGUCGUUUGACUAUCAAAGCCAAGGCCGACCAUACCGUAGCCCUUCCGCCCAACGACAGCGGAGCAGUUAUGCUGCAGUUGGCCCUUUAUCUACGAAUAAAGAGCGUCGCAAGUUCGAGUCUGCCGGCCGAUUUGAGAAUCAAAGCCAAGGCCGCCCACUCCGCAGCCCUUCUACGCCAUAUGGAGGAUUCGAACAAAUUAAAAAGGAUGAAGCUCUAAACUUCCUUAGGCGACCUGUCGUCCGGGGUCGUAUCGUCAAGCAGUCUGGAAAACGUGCUUUCUUGCAGCAUCAUGAUGAUGAGGAUGAGGAUCAUGAUGAAAACACUACAUCUCUCUUUGAUCAGCCCCAGCGUGGAUUUGCCAAACAGAUUGGAAAACACGUUUAUCCUGGUAGCGAUGAUCUGAACGACAACGCUGAGAGCGAAUCUAUGCUGUUCCGGCAAGACCUGAUUCCUCACGAUGGCAGCAUAACUCCUGCUGCAACAAACAGCUUUUCUCGAGGCGGUGACAGCAUGCAUAUGAGUCUAAGUGGUAGCAGACACGCUGAUAGCAAACAUGUUUAUGGCAAACGUGCUGAUAGCAGACAAUCUGGCAGCAUAUAUUCUGGUAGUAGAUACAGUGGUCCUGAAGUUGAUGACGACAGCUAUCAAUACACUGGAAGUGGCCUUGAUUCAGAAGAGGAACUCUUUAUACAAGAAAAUCGCUAUCAUCAACCUCGCACAGUCGAACAGAGUCCCUGUCCGGCUGCCAACGCAAUAACAAGACGUUUCACUAGCAAUGAUCAUGCCCGUGAUCCUGCAAACCACCCACCAGCCCUACAAGCAGAUAGUCAUUUCCAUGAUUUUGGUUACAAGCUUCAACCAUCUCGCUACUCUGGUGUUCCUAUGCCAUGGGGCGUCCAGGCUCCGCCACAGAUGGUUGACCAAGAUGAAGUUACUGAUGCUGCUCUCCUGAAGCGUAACAUCGCGCGUGGAGAGGGGAAGAAAAUUUGCAAACGCAGUUACGGUGCCAAUGACCCCGAAAAUAUUGCUAUCGUCAAUAUGAAAGAGAAUCAGAACCUCUCAUUUGCUGAAAUUGCUCAGAUUCUGAAUGACCAGCGUGUUGAGCAGGGCAAAAAUCCUUCUCUUAGUUCCUGCGGCGUCAACAGUCGCUAUAACCGCACUGCUCCGCUUCUCUACGCUUCCCAAGGCCGAGCAUUUGUUCCCCUUUCUCAACGCAAAGGAGCCGGCAGACGUGCACAUGGCAGGUCUAUCAGAAGUUCCCAAUUUGUCUGGUCUCAGGAAGCAGACCUUGAGCUUGUCAAGUGUGUGAAAGAAGUUGACUCUGCAAGAUGGCCAACGGUUGCAUCUUUGUUUGAGGAGAGAACUGGGAUGAGAGUGGAAUCAUCCGCUGCAGCUUUGCGACACAGCCUGUUGUAG